GGGGCUCCAGGAGCCGCGCCCUCGUCUCCCUGGCGGGCUCUCCGCCGCGUGACUCUGCUUGGGCGUCACGGCGGAUCCAGGGAGGAGGAGGAGGAGGCCGAUUUUCCCUGCCGCCCGUGUGCCCCCGUGGCCGCUGCGCCCCGGGCGGGCGCGGCUGCCCUCCUCUGGCCCGCCGGGAGCUCGGGCGCCGGGUCCCCGCAGAGACUCGCCGCCCCGCCGCGGGGAGAGACAGGGGUGGGAUUCGGUAUUGGAGAUGGAGGACGGGGAGCAGGAGACUCCCGGCAGGCAGGCAGCCGAGGCCCGUGCCUCGUGGCCCUCCGUGCCGCCUCCUGCUGGGCCGGGCGGCGGCCGCAGGCGGGCCCCGCUGAGCGCGCGCAAAGAGGGGGCACUCAGCCACGCGCAGAGGGG